CUCGCCCUCCGAGGGCGCUGGGCAGCAGCAGGAUGUUUCUCAAGCUGGCGGUCGUGGUGCAGGUGCUGUCGCUGCUGGCAAGCCGGGCGCAGGGCUUCCCGAAACCCGGGGGCAAAGAUAAAGCUAUACACAACAGACAAUUAAGUGUAGAAAGACCUUUGGAGGAACAGAUUGCUGAAGCUGAGGCAGACAAUAGGAAAAUAGCUCCCACAGAAAAUAAGCCAGAGUUCAGGAAUUAUUCCUUUGUUGAUGACCUGAACCUGCUAAAAUCAGUAGCAGAAAGAGAGAGGAAUGAAAAGGAGAGGGAGUCAAUUAGAAGCUCUUUGUAUGAACAGCAACUGGCCAUUGAUGAUGCGGACUCCACCAAGAACCGCAGGCUUGUGGAUGACUAUGACUCCACUAAAAGUGGGCUGGAUUAUAAAUUCCAAGAUGAUCCAGAUGGCCUCCAUCAAUUAGAUGGCACUCCUUUGACUGCUGAAGACAUUGUUCAAAAAAUUGCUGCGAGAAUUUAUGAGGAAAAUGAUAGAGGAGUGUUUGACAAGAUCGUUUCAAAACUUCUAAAUCUGGGGCUAAUCACAGAGAGUCAGGCCUAUACCCUGGAAGAUGAAGUGGCAGAGGUUUUACAACAGCUAAUUGCAAAUGAAGCAAAGGAUCGUGAGAAGGAGUCUGAAGAUUUUUAUUACCCUCCAAGCAGAGCAGACAGUGACACAAAAGAAAAGCAACAGGAAAGAAUGACACCAAGCAAAGCUGAUCAGGAUAGUUUCAUUAAUGGAGAAAUUGAUGAUACACUGGAUAACACAUGGUCAUCAUCUAAUAUCUUGGAAAGAAGAAAUGAGCUGCCUUCUGAAGAUAAUUUUGAAGACCUCCAAUAUUUUCCAAACUUUUACGCGCUAUUAAAAAGUCUUAACUCAGAGACGGAGGCAAAAGAGAAAGAGACCUUAAUAACUAUCAUGAAAACCCUGAUUGAUUUUGUGAAGAUGAUGGUUAAAUAUGGAACAAUCACACCAGAAGAAGGAGUUUCCUAUCUGGAAAACUUAGAUACAAUGAUAGCUGAGCAGACAAAGAAGAAGCUUGAGAACCCUUCCACUAAAACCAGAACAAAGCUACCAGCAGACAAGAGUAGUGAAGAAGCAGACAGUACGAAGGAAGAAGCAGCUAAAAUGGAAAAGGAAUACGAAAUUUCAAAGGAUUCUACGAAAAAUGAAGAGCAAAAUGCAGCAGGAAACAGUGAAGAGCCCAGAGGGAAAGCUGAGGCAUAUUUGGAAGCCAUCAGGAAGAACAUAGAAUGGCUAAAAAAACACAACAAACAAGGUAACAAAGAAGACUAUGAUCUUUCAAAGCUGAGAGAUUUCAUUGAUCAGCAAGCUGAUGCUUAUGUGGACAAGGGCAUCCUGGACAAGGAAGAGGCUGACGUAAUUAAACGCAUAUAUGGCAGCCUGUAAAAAGCUAGUGGCUGCCAAAAAUGUAGAAAACUAGUAUAGCUUCCCCCACUCCCGGCUCAGUGACUUAUGAUCUGUUAAUUUGAGGAUAUCAUUAGAAAUGCUCUGUUUACAUUGUACUGACAACUUUCUAGACAGAAAUGAAGAGCUCUAGUGCUCCAUACACUGACUGCAUACUGUAUUUUCCUACACUCACAAAUCAAUCCUAAACGCCAAAUUCUGACACUGAAUUUGUAUUUGAUAAGAUAAAUAUUUAUGUAAUGUUCUCUUUGAUUUAUUAUUUGUGUUUGGUACUUUUGUAGAAAAACCAAUCAUUUCUGAUGGAAAGUUCUUUUAAUGCUACAUCUUUUUGCUCUCACUCCACUAGCUUUCUAUAGAUGCAACUAUGUAAAGGGCAUUAUUAGAAAAUAGUUCACAGUUCUCUAAAUAAAAUAUUUGAAAAUAA